AUGCUGUCCUCGAGAGCGGCGCCAAGCAAGGCCGUGAGUCUCUCGCGGAACGCCGCGAGGGGCCUCGCCACAGUGCAGGAUGGAACCCCCAAGCGCACGUACGGAGGUCUCAAGGACCAAGAUCGUAUUUUCCAGAAUCUCUACGGCCGAUUCCCGCCGGACCUCAAGAGCGCGAAAAAGAUGGGCGACUGGCAUAAAACGAAGGAAAUUAUACUCAAGGGCCACGACUGGAUCAUCAACGAGGUCAAGGCCUCUGGCCUACGAGGCCGCGGUGGUGCCGGCUUCCCGUCUGGUCUCAAGUGGUCUUUUAUGAACUCCAAGGAUUGGGACAAGGACACCAAACCCCGAUACCUGGUUGUCAACGCUGAUGAGGGUGAACCCGGAACCUGCAAGGACCGCGAAAUCAUGCGAAAGGACCCCCACAAACUUGUCGAAGGCUGCCUUGUCGCCGGCCGAGCCAUGAACGCGACCGCUGCCUACAUUUAUAUUCGAGGUGAAUUCGUCUACGAAGCUGCCGUCUUGCAGAACGCCAUCAAUGAGGCCUACAAAGACGGGUUGAUCGGAAAGAAUGCCUGCGGCUCCGGCUACGACUUUGACGUAUUCAUCCACCGUGGUGGCGGUGCCUACGUUUGCGGCGAGGAGACAUCCUUGAUUGAGUCCCUCGAGGGCAAGCCUGGCAAACCUCGCCUCAAGCCCCCGUUCCCUGCCGCCGUCGGUCUGUUCGGAUGUCCAUCAACCGUCGCCAACGUCGAGACUGUUGCCGUUGCCCCUACCAUUUGUCGCCGUGGAGGAAGCUGGUUUGCUGGCUUCGGUCGUGAGCGCAACCAAGGCACCAAAUUGUACUGUAUCUCUGGCCACGUCAACAACCCUUGCACAGUUGAAGAAGAGAUGUCCAUUCCCCUGCGUGAACUCAUUGACAAGCACUGCGGUGGUGUCCGUGGUGGCUGGGACAACCUCUUGGCUAUUAUCCCUGGUGGUUCAUCGACGCCCAUUUUGCCCAAGAACAUCUGCGACGACCAGCUCAUGGACUUUGAUGCUCUCAAGGAUAGCCAGUCUGGUCUUGGAACUGCUGCUGUCAUCGUCAUGGACAAGAGCACCGACGUUGUCCGUGCCAUUUCCCGACUUAGCCACUUCUACCGACACGAGAGCUGCGGCCAGUGCACUCCCUGCCGCGAGGGCAGCAAAUGGACUGAGCAGAUCAUGUCUCGUUUCGAGCGUGGUCAGGGACGGGAGCGGGAAAUCGAUAUGCUUCAGGAGUUGACGAAGCAGGUUGAGGGCCACACCAUUUGCGCUUUGGGAGAGGCUUUCGCCUGGCCAAUCCAGGGUCUUAUCCGCCACUUCCGACCCGAGCUGGAGGCUAGAAUGCAGAAGUUUGCUCAGGAGAACGGCGGUGCAGCUCUGGCUGGUGGAUGGGAGGCCAACACGAGGUCACAAGGCAAGCUUGUUUCCCCUGGCCAGUAA